UACAUCUAAAUUGAAAGCAAUCUGAGCAAAAUUAAAGGGGGCUUAUUUUGCGAAUGAAACUAACUAGAUCCAAAUUUAAUUGUAAAAGUUUCAUUUUGGACUAUUUUUUACACAAUUUGCCACUUUUUGAAAAUUCUACGUAACACUUUAAUAGAUUGUGAUAAUUCUGCUCUCAUUAACGCCGGAAAAACCUAAAGGCGUUCCAUUUGACACGCGUCGUUGCAAAUGUUUGUUUACAAACAAGGUUUAUUUCGUCACAUUGAGUAAGUUUCAGUGUGCAGACAGUGACUUUAACAUGAAGAACAUGCUAAUCAUCGCUGUCCUUACUGCAUUGAUUACUUUUGUAGUUGGUUUUAGCUUCACAUGUCAUAAACCUGUGGAUUGUUCUAGGUGUUUGAUGAUAGAAAGUUGUCAGAAAAGUCAAUGUAACUGUUGUGAAUUUUGUUCUAAAGUUAUAUAUCACAGUUAUUGGAAGUUUGAAGAAUAUUUCCCAUUUAAAAUAACUACUUACUUUCCUUUUGUUGUCACAAACAAGUAUGAUAGAUGUCAACCUAGUGUGAAUGUUCUACAUGUGAACAACCCAGUGUAUUUGAAUCCAGAUUCUUCUGGUACCUCAGAACGUUGGUUUCAUUCAAUAACUUCAUUAUUUGUAGGUUAAUUCCAGAACUAUGGAAGAUAGGAGUCUCUACACUACACUACAUAUCCUGUAGUCUGGCUAACCGUUGGGGCACUACCGAUGACUUUGCAACCAGAUCCCUACAAAUGUCUUUGUCUUCUGCCUCUUGCACUGCAUCUCUCAUCUUUAGAUCUGUCCACUCACAGGUGUUGCUUUGCCACCUCUUUCUCUCUCUGUCUCUGCAUAGGGCCCUAUUGCCUGCCUUAUUUUUUUUUUUUUUUUUCACUUCCUCACUCGUGACACAAUCUCUGUAUGAUAUUCCUAGAAGUCUCCUGAAAUCUCUGUAGUCUGGAUUCGUCUUUCGAUUUCUGCUGUCAGUGUCCAUGUCUCACAGGAAUAUUGUACAAUGAUUUCUGAAGUUACUAUAUGAAAAUAAUAGUUAAUGGUGGGAUGAUGUUGUUAGUAUAGCUGGACAAAAGUAGCAAAUUGGCAGAAUUACUAGAACACGGGAGAGAACGUGCAGUGAUAUUUGUUCUGAUGGUCUGCACUUUGAUUUCAAAUCUUGCUCAGAUCAACUUUAAACCAAUUUUAUAUUUCAGUCACUUAAAAAAAAAAAAAAAGAUUUAAUUCAAGUCUUUGGAACUGUUAAAGCUUCUAAUGGGAUGUCUUGCAUUCUCUGUUCCAGCUCUUUAAGUUCUAAAUGGUAGCACCUACAUUAUGGCUGAUGCAAAGCUGUACCAAUCUUGCUUUUCUUUGGGACAUCAUUGGUGGAAUGUAUGAAAAAAAAAGACCUUCAUCAAUCUGCAAGUGUUAAUCUUCCAUACAAACACACACACACACACAAAGAAAAAAAACUUGUCCAGACCAAUGCUUUUGAAAGGAACUUUCUGACUGAAUGCAGAAAUCUAUGGUCAGAGAUGUCAAGAAUUAGACUAGCAAAAACAAUUUUUAUGAGUACUGAUACAAUCUAAUGAUCUAAUAGUAAUGUUGGUUUCCUAGUCAUGACACUCCAACAUUUUCAAAAAUAGUUUUCAAUGAUGAAAGCAUUCAACUUUCAUUACAAAACUGUUAUACACUUUACUUUGCUUUUCAUUCAUUUUAUUAUUAUUAUUAAUAAUGAUUAUUAAUAAUAAUUUUAUCCAUUAAUUAAGUUUCAGACAUGUGAGAAAAAUUUCCAUAUCAAACUUAAUUUUCAUGUUAUCCUUUCAGUUAGUUUCAACUGUAAAAAUUAUCUUUUAGUUUAUCUUUUUAGAAAAUUUACUGAGAAAUAUUUUAACACUCUUUAAUCCAGUUCAAUGCCAGUAGAAAAUAUAGGCCAUUUUUACAAAAAUAAUCUUCACUUUAUAGAAAUUUAGUCUCAUCUGAAACUGUUGAAUUACAAUAUUCUUCCUCUCCUCGUCUUUGAUACUUCCAUUGAAAUUUUUUAAGUAAACAAAUGAUUACAUUUAAAUAAUAAGUCUAUCAUUUUAUGUUUUCAAAUUAUUUUGUAUGCAUUGCUAGUAAUGAAGAAUAGAGCUUAAAACUAUCCAUGAAAUUUGUUUUUUAUCUGUUCUGAUAUUUACAAAAUUUUAUAAAUCAAGGAAAUAAACUUAAUUCUCUGUU